AUGUCAUAUAUUGCUAGAAGCAGUCACUUUGUGGUUAAAUUACAUCCACUAAACUUACCUGAAAUAUUAACCGAAAUUUUCUUGAAUUUAGCUGAAGAUAGAUCAUUGUAUCCGACCUUAUUCGUCAAUAAAUUUUGGUAUUCGUGUGCAGGGCCGAUUAUCCGGCGUUGUGCGGUGUUUGAUAAAAGAAAUCUAGUACAAUUCGAAAAAUUCAAGAAAGUGAUGCGUGGGAAACAAAAACCUCUUUACCAUUCUAAGCUAUUGCGACUCAUUCUUCACGAAUGUAAAAUUUCAGAUCGAACCUUAAUCAAGAUUGCUUGCGAAACCUCCAGAUUGAAAUGUCUCAUUCUUAACGGCUGUAAUGGUUUUUCUUAUGAAUCAACUGCAGAUUCUUUGAAAAUGUGGCCUAAUCUAAAACAUUUAGAAUUUGAUUUUAACAACACUAAAAAGGGGGUCUCUGGUAAAUUUAUAUAUAUUGAUGACAGAAUACUUUGUGGAAUUGCAAACCGAAAUCUGGAAUAUCUAAGUCUCGGUUCUUCUAAACUCUCUGAUAAAUAUUUAAGCAAAAUCGCCGAUUCGUGUCCAAACUUAAACUAUCUCAGUCUGGGACACAAUAAACAUAUCACCGAUAUAUCUAUGAUUGAUAUCGCACAUUCCUGUCCUAAAUUACGUUAUCUUAGUUUGUGGUGUUGCAGUAUUACAGAUGAGACAUUAAAAGCAGUAGCGUAUUCCUGUCCUGGACUCCAACAUUUGAGACUAAUGUCUUGUGGAGGUAUUUCCGAUGUGGGGGUUUGUGCGAUCGCUACUUCAUGCCGAAAUAUUAUAGAUUUUUCUUUUGAGAGUUGUGGGAUAAGUGAUAUAUCAGUUAAAAAAAUUGCACAAUCCAAGAUCAAUAUCACCGAUAUAUCUAUGAUUGAUAUCGCACAUUCCUGUCCUAAAUUACGUUAUCUUAGUUUGUGGUGUUGCAGUAUUACAGAUGAGACAUUAAAAGCAGUAGCGUAUUCCUGUCCUGGACUCCAACAUUUGAGACUAAUGUCUUGUGGAGGUAUUUCCGAUGUGGGGGUUUGUGCGAUCGCUACUUCAUGCCGAAAUAUUAUAGAUUUUUCUUUUGAGAGUUGUGGGAUAAGUGAUAUAUCAGUUAAAAAAAUUGCACAAUCGUGCCCAAGUAUCCGAAGCCUCAAUCUGGAUUGGUGUUAUAUAACCGACGAGUCUAUCUGUGAAAUAGCAAGAUCAUGCCCAAGACUAGAAGUGCUACUUCUUCUAAAUUGCUUUAUUAGUGAUAUAUCAAUUCAUGAAAUUAUUCGAUCAUGUAAGAACCUGCGUAGUCUUGAUCUCAAAAAAUGUUACUCUGUUACUGAUGAGGCAAUCGAUGCUCUUAUGACUAGCAAUCCACGCAUUGAUAUUAGAGAGCCUUAA